GAAGAACAGCAAUCAUGAAAGCUUUUUUAAAAUGUUCCGAAGGCUUUAUUUUCCUGAGAAAAUAUACUACCAUUGGAAGGCAUGAAAAUUCUGACAUUGUUUUAAAGACCCCCGAUAUUGAUAACCACCAUGCCCUCAUUGAGUUUAAUGAAGAGGAAGGCAGCUUCAUUCUUCAGGAUUUCAAUUCCCUCAGUGGGACCUUUGUCAACAACUGCCACAUUCAGAACGUGGCGGUGAAACUGAAACCAGGGGAUGUCCUGCGGUUUGGAUCCAGGGGGCUCACCUAUGAACUGGUCGUGGAGUUCCUAACCUCAGGGCGGUACACAACCUGGCCCGGGAUGUUGGAGCAAUACCCAACCCCGGCAUUCACCACACAGCUCCCCAUCCUCCAAAACCGCCCAGUGAGUGCUCACAGAAGCUUGUCCCAAGAAGUGAUGGAAGGCACCCAGCCUCGUCCGCCUGUGGAAAAGAGGCCGACUAGUGCCGGAGGAAGAAGGAUAGUGACUAUUCCUUCAGAUUCUGUCAGCAGAUCUCCUGUUAAACAAGUCUGGACAACUGGAGAGUCAAUCUGGUCAUCUGAUGAAGGUUUCUUGAACCCAGAACAAUGCUCUACGACACCCCAUGAAAAGGGUCAAUUCAUGCAACUGAGUCAGUCCCACGUGGCCAAAAUACCCCAUCUGGAUACCCAGCUCAUCGACCUCUCACACCUGGAUCAGUCCCACCAGAUCAGUAUGUCAUCCUUGGAUCAGACUCAGCUGGUCACCAUUGCCAAUGAACUCAGCACCCAAGAUGACAUCAUUCAGCACCUGGGAGAGGAAGUCAAUCGCCUCUCGAGCUUCGAGAUAGAAUCCAAACACAAAGACGCCAUGAUCGCCAAUCUCCAGAAUGAAGUGGCUACCAUGACUCAGAGGCUGAUGAAAGUACAGGCAGCACGCAACCGAAAUGACAAGGAGAUGGGUCAGAAGCUAGAGCGCCUGGAUCAGGACAUUGAUGACAAAAAGUCUGAGAUUGAAUCCUUGAAAGAGCAGAUCGCCGGCCUCCAAAAAGGAUACAGUGGUAUAUUGUAUCAGACCCUCACUGAGAGAAACGUGGAGAUUGCAAAUCUGAAAGCCGAAGGGGAGAAUUUAAAGAAAGAAAAAGCAUUGCAUGCAGAGCUGAUAACCAAUUUGCAAAAUGACAUCGGAUUAAAGGACAGCAUGGUCCACAAACUAAGGCAGGAGGUGGACAAACUGAAGAGUGAAAACCAAGAAAAGGAUUAUCAGCUUUCGGCCAUCACUUCCAGGUACACACAACUGAAAGAGGACUUGAAGAAAGAUGAGCUGGAUGCCAAAGACAAAGAACUAAAAGCAUGCAAAAGUCAAAUCAAAGACCUUGAGCAGCAAAUGAAAGACCUGGGGGAACAGCUCCAAAAGAGUUGCAAUGAGCAAAACCUCAUCUCCAAGACACUGAAAGAGAAGAACAAGGCUGAAGAGAAGCUGCAGGAUGAUUCCAAGAAGAAAUUAAUUCAGCUUCGAGAGAUGGGGUGCAGAGAGCGCCUUAUUAAAGACAAUCUGGACAAAGCAGUGUGUCAGCUGGAACAUUUCCGAAGUCAAAUCAUCGAAGCCAUUUAUGGCCGAGGGAAACUUCCCCAGUCCAGGAUCGUCACCAAUCAGCAGCUGGUAGAAACCAUCUCCCAUGUCAUCGAGGACAACUUCAAAUUGCAGAAGAAAAAUAUCACCACGAAUAAGAGCAGCUGGUCCAAUGACACCAGUAAGGAGGAGCUCUUGGUCCAAAUGGGAAAGCUGAAGGCCUUCUUGGAGGACUGCCAGAUUUGCUUGAGAUUGUCUUGCUGUAGCAAUGACUUAAAAAAGCAGCUCAAUCACCUUCAGAAGUUCUCCGUGGACGCCUCUGUGAUGUGGCUGCACAAAGUGAUUGUGGAGAUCCUGCAGGUGGUGGUGUUCUGGGUGGAGAAGUUUGAGCAUCUCCUGAAGGAUGUGGGCAUUGAGCUGUCUCACUCGGACAAAGGAUUGUCCACAUACUUGACUAAGUUUCUGGAAAAUCAUAAGAAAAUUGCAAAGAAGAACCAGGAACUCCAGGCAGAUGUCAAAAAACUACAGGAGGCUCACCAUUCCCUGCUGCACAAGAUGAAACAACAAGGCUCAGAGCAUGAGAGACAGAUAAAGGAACAGAUCAAGCAGUUGCAGGAAAAGCUGGAAGAGGAAAACCGGGUUUGGAAGAACCAUAUGAUCCAAGAAAAGAACCAAGCUAAGGCUGCUGUGGAAGAAGAGAAGAAAAAAGUCCAAGAUCUUGAGAAUCACUUAAAAAAGCUGAAAAAGGAAGUGGAAUCUAAAUCCAAAGAAGGGGGAGUUUUAAGCUCUCACUUAAAUGAAGCACUGACUAUGGUAGAAGAAAGCCAACGGACAAAGUCCGAAGACCAGAAAGAAAAAGAAUCCCUCGCUCUGAGUUUGAGCAAAGCCUUGGCAGAACUCAGUGAAGCCAGAAAGAAACAAAUCCUUCUGGGGGAACAACUUUUGGAGCAGCAGAAAGCCUUCAAAAUAAUGGAGGGAGAGAAAGACCUGCAGAAAAAAGACCUGGAGCUGGAGAUUAUCCAAUACAAGGAGCAAGUUAAGCAGCAUUCACAGACCAUUGUAAUGCUAGAGGAGAGGCUACAGAAGGUGACCCAGCAGAACAAGGACAUCGAACAGAAGAUUGUGACCCUCAAGGAACAUAUACCAGGUACUACAUCUUAUUUGAUGAAGGACGCUUCAGAGAAGAAUAAAGUAGGAGCUCAAAAGAAAAUACAGAAAGAUGCUUUACUAAAGACUCUUGCUGCUGGAAAGUCAUAUGACCAUCUAAUGGAAGAAUUCUUGGUUGCCCAAAAACAGCUCAUCUCUCAGCACGAGCUUAUUGUUGCCCUGAAAACAGAACUUUCCAAACUCCACACCAAGAUGUCUACAACUAAAGCUGAUUUUGAUGAGCAGCUAAAAGGAGAAUUGAAGCAGAAUCUCUCCCUGAUUCAGCAACGGGAGCAGGAGUUGAGUGAGCUGAAGGAGAAGUUGAUUCAGAUGUCUAACUUGCUAGAGAAAAAGAACAAAGAGAUUGAAAACUUAAAGACUUCUAUAAGAAACUCCGUCCCUGUAGAAACUAAAAGCUGCUGCACUAUGUGUGAUGUGGGGAUACAAGUGGACAAUAAUGAAAAAGAAAUGUAUAUCUUGAACCAAGAGGUUUCAUCCUUCAUUGAACUAGGGACUAAAUGCAAAGGGCUCCGCCAUGAGGAAACCAUUCUGCGCCAGAAAAAGGGCCUGUCUGAACUACGGGAGCGAAUCAAGGAACUGGAAAAGAUCCCAGACUCAAGUGCCAAAGACGCUGGGAUGGAUCCAGUUCCAGAACCGAAGAAACCCAAACUGGGAAAAAAUGCCAGAAUGGGGGAGAAGGACCCAAAUUUACCAUGUCUGCCAAACAUCGAUCUCAAAGUGGGAAGCAAACCGAUUCACAUUUUGCCCUCAAGUCAUUUUUCCAGCUCAGCUGCGGAGAAGUCAGCAAGGCUGAAUUUGACUGAAGCUCUAGACCUCAGUGAGAAGCUGUAUAUAGACAUGAGUAAAACCCUCAGCAGCCUAAUGAACAUCAAGGAUAUGUCAGGACACAUAUCUAUGAAAUACGCGUCCCAGAAGGAGCGGGAUAGGAUCUACCAGCUUCGUCAGAGAGACCUAGACCUGGUGUUUGAAAAGAUCAGCCAACUCAAGAAUCGGCUGGAUCGUAAGGAGGAGCUUUUGAAAGAUUACGAGAAAAAUAAUGAGGUGCUCAGGCAGAAUAAAAUGCCCGUGCAGGAGUACCAGGAACAGGUGAGUAAACUAGAAGAUGAAAUCUACAAGGAGACAGAAGAGAAAGCUCUGCUAAAAGAAGCCCUGGAGAGAGCUGAGCACCAGCUCAGCCUGGAGAAGAGGAUGAACCGCUCCAUCAAGCAGCAGAAGGAACGGUUAGAGGAGCAGGAGCAGAAGAGCUUAAAGGAAAUGCCCCCUUUCACCUGUACAACAAAAGAGAGGCAUGAACGGAAGCCAGUAUACACUGAAAUGUUGAAGAGCAAAGUUACUGAACCACCUUCUAUGAAGCCAGUAUACGUUGAAAUGGUGAAGAGCAAAGUUACUGACUCAACUUCUACGCUGAGGGCCAAAAAGAUCACCUCCAAGACAGACCAGGAGAAAGACCUACCAAACAAAGAAUCACCACAUAGAGCCUUCCUGGAAAUCCUCUUCUCUAAAACAAACUAUAGUAAUUAACAAAAUUGUGCCCCACUACACUUUUCAAAUCACAAGUCCCUUGGAGCCUUCUCUGGACAGAUGUGGAAUGCUGCUCCUAGAUCUUUGAAUCUCACCUAGAACUGGCUUCUCCUCCCUCCCCUAGGACUUGCAUUUUGCACAAGACCAAAUUUCAGAAUGUGUGGCGGAAAGGAGUGUGUGUGUAUGUGUUUAAUACCUUCAGAUGAAUGUGUGACAUCACCCAAAUCAAAAUCAUUAAUGCAGAAUCCAGGGUCCUGAGUAGAAAGAUGAUGCAAUGCAUUGUUUGGAUUAUGGCCAAGUGGAGGCUCCCCCCAACCCCCACCCCUCCCUCCAUCCCUCUUCUCCCAGUAAAUCCUUUAAUGGACCACAGGGCAAAAAGUCCUGUGGUUCUGGCAACUCUUGUUCUGAGCUGCCUCCAUGUGAUAGGAUGGGACUUUGGGCUGCCAAGGGAGGGAGUGUUGUUAAACGUUGAAUUUUGAGUUCAUUGAAAUAAAUUUAGAAAAACUUAGUUCAUAAACCAAGCCACAAGUCCUGAGGAACAAACUGAGUUCUCAUGGACUGAAAAAGUCAAAGGCAUUAUUGUCAGUUAAACCCAUUUUCAUUAUGCUAAGAAUACCUGUUCUUUUCUUCAGUUGCUUUUCCCUUCAUUCGACACUCUCUCAACUCUCUUUUCAAUCCCUUUGUCAUGUCUCUUUUAUAAAUGUCUUUCAAUUUAUAACAAAGAUGGCUAAACCAUCAAGAGUGAGAAUUCACUGUUGUCAUUGACCACAAUAAAAUUAUUUUUCAA